AUGUCUUUUCGACUUUCUAGCGGAUCCAGGCGGAUGUGUUCACGAGCUGGCUCUGUUAGGCUGUCAGGUGGAGGAAUAGACUUUGGGGCUGGGAACAUGUGUGGUGGGUUGGGAGCAGGAAGCAGAUUUUCUUAUACUCUAGGGAGCGUUUCUUCUGGAGGAGGCUUCUGUAACGGUGGUGGAGGGCUGGGAAGUGGGGCUGGCACUGGCUUUCCUGGAAAUGAGCAUGGCCUCCUCCCCGGGAAUGAAAAGAUGACCAUGCAGAACCUCAACGACCGCCUGGCAUCCUACUUGGACCACGUGCAUGCUCUGAAGGCGGCAAAUGAAGACCUAGAGCAGAAGAUCAAAGGCUGGUAUGAAAAACAUGGGCCUGGUUCUUGCUGGGGACUUGAUCAUGACCACAGCAGAUACUUCUCAAUCAUUGAAGACCUUAAAAGGCAGAUUGUUUCCAUGACCUCCUGUAACUCCAGUGUUGUUCUACAAUAUGACAAUGCCAGACUGACUGCUGAUGACAUCAAGCUGAAGUAUGAAAAUGAGCUUGCUCUGCACCAGAGCACUGAGGCAGACAUCAAUGGUCUUCGCCGAGUGCUGGAUGAGCUGACUCUUUGUACAAGCGACCUGGAGAUGCAGUGUGAAACGCUCACUCAGGAGUUAGCAUACCUCAAAACAAACCACGAGGAGGAAAUGAAAGUCCUCCAGUGUGCAGCGGGGGGAAAUGUGAACGUGGAGAUGAACGCAGCCCCAGGAGUGGACCUGACUGUCCUGUUGAACAAUAUGAGGGCCGAGUAUGAGGACUUGGCUGAGCAGAACCGCAAAGAUGCCCAGGCCUGUUUUAACGAGAAGAGUGCAUUGCUGCAGCAACAGAUUUCUGAUGAUGCAGGAGCAGCCACAGCAGCCAGAAAUGAGCUGACGGAACUGAAACACAACCUCCAAACCCUGGAAAUUGAACUUCAGUCCCUCGUGGCUGCGAAACAUUCCUACGAAUGUUCCUUGGCCGCGACUGAAGGAAAUUACUGCUUUCAACUCCAGCAAAUCCAGGAUCAGAUCUUGGCGAUGGAGGAACAAUUGCAACAGAUUCGAACAGAAACAGAAGGCCAGACGCUGGAAUACGAACAGCUUCUAGAUAUCAAAAUCUUUUUAGAAAAAGAAAUUGAAACUUACCGCAGCUUAAUAAAUGGAGAAGAAAGAGGAAGCAAAUCCACGUGUUACAAAUCAAAAGGAUGUGGACCCAUAAAUUCUGGAAAUCAAGUCAAAGACACAACAGAAGAAAUCAUUGUCAAAACAGUGGUUGAGGAACUAGAUCAACUUGGCAAUGUCCUUUCACUGCGGGUCCACUCAGUUGAAGAAAAAUCCUCUAAAAUUAGCAACAUUACAAUGGAGCAACGGAUACCUUCUAAAGCACCACAAUGA